GGUACGUGGUGAGGUGACCGCUAUUGAACUAUGGCGUUCAACAAGAUUUGGUAUACUGUAGCCCUUGGACUUCUGUUGCCCUUUUCUUAUGCCCACACGGACUUCUUCACUUCUAUUGGUCAUAUGACAGACUUAAUUAAUACAGAAAAAGAUCUGGUGGUGUCACUGAAAGAUUACAUCAAGGCAGAGGAAAGCAAGCUGGAACAGAUCAAAAAAUGGGCAGAGAAACUGGAUCAGCUGACAGAUACUGCUACGAAAGACCCAGAGGGGUUUUUGGGGCAUCCUGUUAACGCGUUCAAGUUGAUGAAACGGCUUAACACAGAGUGGGGUGAGCUGGAGAGCCUGGUUCUGAAGGACAUGUCAGAUGGCUUUAUCUCCAACAUGACUAUCCAGCGACAGUUUUUCCCAAAUGAUGAAGAUCAGACUGGUGCAGCAAAAGCCCUCUUGCGGCUUCAAGACACGUAUAAUUUGGACACGGACACCCUCUCAAGAGGGAAUCUUCCAGGUGUGAAGCACAAAUCCUUUUUAACAGCUGAAGAUUGCUUUGAGCUGGGAAAGAUUGCCUACACUGAAGCUGACUACUACCACACCGAGCUCUGGAUGGAACAAGCUCUGAAACAGUUGGAUGAGGGAGAAGUGUCUUCUGCAGAUAAAGUCUACAUUCUGGACUACCUGAGUUAUGCUGUGUAUCAGCAGGGGGAUCUGGGCAAAGCCAUGAUGCUCACCAAACGCCUUCUGGAACUGGAUCCUGAACACCAAAGAGCAAAUGGGAACAUGAAAUACUUUGAAUAUAUCAUGGCUAAAGAAAAAGAAGCAAAUAAGUCCAGUACGGAUUCAGAAGACCAGACGGAGAAGGAAACUGAGGUUAAGAAAAAGGAUUACCUGCCCGAGAGAAGGAAGUACGAAAUGCUGUGCCGUGGGGAGGGUCUCAAAAUGACUCCUCGGAGACAAAAAAGACUCUUCUGCCGCUACUAUGACGGAAACAGGAAUCCUAGAUACAUUCUGGGCCCUGUCAAACAGGAAGAUGAGUGGGACAAACCUCGAAUUGUUCGCUUCCUUGACAUCAUCUCCGAUGAAGAGAUCGAAACUGUGAAAGAACUAGCAAAGCCGAGGCUGAGCCGUGCUACUGUUCAUGACCCUGAGACUGGGAAACUGACCACAGCACAUUACAGAGUCUCUAAGAGCGCUUGGUUGUCUGGAUAUGAAAGCCCUGUGGUAUCUCGCAUUAACACAAGGAUCCAGGACCUAACAGGACUCGAUGUCUCCACAGCAGAGGAACUACAGGUGGCAAAUUACGGAGUGGGAGGACAGUAUGAACCCCACUUUGACUUUGCACGGAAAGAUGAGCCAGAUGCUUUUAAGGAAUUGGGAACAGGCAACAGAAUUGCUACUUGGUUGUUUUACAUGAGCGAUGUGUCAGCAGGGGGAGCUACUGUCUUUCCUGAAGUAGGAGCUAGCGUUUGGCCUAAAAAGGGAACAGCUGUGUUCUGGUACAACCUCUUCCCAAGCGGAGAAGGAGAUUACAGCACGCGGCACGCGGCCUGCCCGGUACUAGUUGGAAACAAAUGGGUAUCCAAUAAAUGGCUCCAUGAGCGGGGACAGGAAUUCCGAAGGCCGUGCACUUUAUCAGAGUUGGAAUGAUGCAGGCUCGUCCUUUGUCUCCUCUGUAUUCAGUUUGUGUAAAAUGCACACAUCUCCUACAGUUUACAAUUGACUAACACUCCACUACAGGUUCAGUCUUCAACUACACCGGUGUUUCAUCUGUGGACAAAACAAAUGUGCUUUUAGUUCCCUUAAAAUAUCCCCUUAAGGUUUUAUGAACGGAAUAUAUUAAGGUCUAUGAGUGUUACAAGAAAACAAAAAAGGACACAAUACAGGGCCACAACGAACGGUGGCGGGGUGUGUGGUGUUCCCUUCACCAUCGCCCCUCUGAUGAGCACGGAAAGCCAGCGGCUGCUCGCUUAGAGUCCUCCUCGCAACUGUCAGUCUGCUGAGGGGGGGAUGAUGGAAUGGGAGGGCUCCGUUCUAAGGAAGGCUGAAUUAAACCCGUUCGUAUUCCUCAAUUUCCAGACAUUCGACUCCUUGCUUUUCUAGAGGGCUGACCACUACUGUUGACAACUGCGGGCACGGUUUGUGUUUCUCUGGGGUACAGGUUAUCAACGUGUGUUUUAGCCUGGUUUUCCACUUCCACAAAAGCCCCCAUUUUUAAACUGUCUUCCGUCUCAGCCUCUGUGGGGAAUCUGGCUCUUAACCUCAAAAACGUGAGCCAGCAGUUACAUACGCAUAGGUGAGAUGCUUCAGCAGCGUCGUGUCGAACACAUGCCCGCAUCAGAGCGGCCUGACAACAAUUACAGCCCCUCUUCCCUCCAUUUUUUUUCUGUUAAUGUUUGUCCACAUGAACAAAUGCUGCUUUUGUUCUGUCUUAGUAUGGUCAACUCCUACAUCUGUUCCUUGGGCAGUGGGGAUGAGAACGCUACCAUCCUCAGUAAUCAAAAUAAUUGUGCCUUAGGACACUGGAAUUUCAAAUUGGUUAUGAGACUUCAGGUGAUGAGGUAAUACACGGUCCUCGCAGAAUGCUCUCCACCCUCAUCCUCCCAGUUCUCAAGGUUUUGUGAGAAACAGAUGGCCUAUUUAUCAUCCUAAAUCUGUCUUAGAUGCUUUUUAUUCUGCAAAUGUUUUUUCCGCUGCGGAGUGUAUGCAGGCAGUGACACGCCUGUGUCACAGGCCAGUCACGGGGCGACUGUUUGCGCAGGAUGCCAGAGAAGGCGCCCGCUCUGGAUGGUUUGGUGUCGCUCACCUUGCGGAGGCCGCCUCCGCUG